AUAAUAAAGGAAAUGAGGGGAAAAUAAGUCGCAACUCUAACGUUGAUGAUGAUAUCAUUGCAUCACCUUCCAGAAAAUUGCCGGUGUUAGCAUUAGAAAGAAGAGCUCGAAACGAACAAGAAAAUUUAUAUUGGAGCCAAAUUUUGCAAAUCAAUAUAAGUGGAUUCACUGAUCAUCCAUCACCGUACAUUGAAGUAUCAAUACCAAGACCACCAAGAUUAGCCUUUGACACAUCAUUAUCAAAUUCUAAUUAUAUUCCAAGAAUGUCAAUGACUCCUCCUUCAAAACAAGAAUAUAAACAUCAUAAUCAUCAUAAUAUUUUUUAUCAUCAUAAUGCCUACCAUGGUAAUAAUUCAAAGGAAGCGUUAUCAGUGAAGCAUCUUUAUCAUGUUGUUCAUCUUUUUUAG